CCGCCGUGAAACUGAUCGGCCACAACUUGGAGUUUGUAUAGCGACGCAUGCAGCGGACGACGGCGCCGGCGCCGACGACGCCCGACAACUCGAUCGCCGUCGGCUGGGCGAGCUGGGCGAGGUCGACCUCCACCGAGGUCGUCGCCUUCAAGACGCUCUGCGCAGGCGUGCCCAUCUCGCAGGCCUCGGACGCGAUGCGCGCGUGCUGCGGCACGGGCAACGCGACGAGCUGCGCGUGGUUUGCGCAGGCGCCCGGCCUCGACGCGUGGGGCGUCUACAAUGCGACCGCCUCAGCCGCGGCGACGCCAAUGGCCAACACGACCCUCUACAACGUCUCGGUGUGGACGAGUUGCGCGCAGAUCGCCACACUGCAACUGACCAAGCUACACAUCGACUUUGACGCAGCGGCGCCGCUGGACCACAUGCCCGACAGCUUGACGUUCCGAAGCAACCUCAUGGCCACCUUUCCCAUCAGUCUCUUUCGCAACUCGAUCUCGUCGACGUCGCCCGUCACUUACAUGUUUGAGAACAAUCGGUUCGAAGCGCCGAUACCAUCCUUGACGCCCAGCGUAUGCCUCAAUCUGAACGCCGCCAUCCAAAACAACCAAGUCGUGGGCACCCAGGGCGCUGCGAUCGUCUGCAACUGCUCGACGCCGACGCCGACGUGCAGCAUUCCCGAACCGACGCCCAAGCCAACGUCUGCACCGACGCUACCACCGACGACGACGACGCCGGCGCCGACACCCGCGCCCACCAGUGACAGCAAUAGCCGUAGCCACACAGGUCUCGUCAUCGGGGUCGUUCUUGGCGCUGCUGUGCUCAUCGCGCUCUGUGUUUUUGCUGUGCGACGACUGCAGCGGGCGCGGAAGACCCGCAAUGACCACACGAUACCGCUCGCAUCCGACGAGCACCUGAGCCCAGCGUCGGCGUCCGGGUCGCACUUUGGACUGACUGACUACAAACCGCAGAUAAGCCCUGGCAUUCGCCUCAGCCGCGUCGAAGAGCGCCGACCGCUCAGCCACCCGUCGCUCGGACCAGAUGAGCUACCCAAUGUGGCCGUUGAGUGCAUUGCACCGCUACCGUCGCGCCGACGCAUUUGGAGUGGCACGCUCGACGGGUUGCCGGUCGUCGUCCAGCGCCUUGGGUCGCCCUCGGACGACAAGCGGACGCGGUACAUUUCGUCGGUAAAAGAGCUCGCCGGCUGGCGUCACCCGCAUGUGCAGCGCGUGCUUUCGAUCGUGGCCAACACGACCGAGAACGGCGAAGUGUCGACUGUCGUCGAAGCGAUGCCCGGCGGGACGCUCGCCAACGUACUCGUCUCGCAGCCGCUCCUGUGGCCCGAGAAGCUCCGGCUCUGCUAUCAGAUCGCCGCCGGCCUCCAAUUCGCCCACGCGCACGCGGUCUGGCCGCGCGCCGUUUGCCUCACGAGCAGUCGCGUCCUCCUCGACGCCGACCGCAAGUGCAAACUCAACAUUUUGGAUUACGUCGACAUGGGCGUCGACGAGUCCGACGACGACGACGACGGGUUCGCAUGGCGCGGCAUGCCCUGGGAAGCCCCCGAGGUGCUGAGCGAGCAGAGCCACCGGACCGAUGCCGCCGACAUGUAUGCGUUUGGUGUCAUUUGCUGUGAGAUCGCCAUGGGGUCGCGCCCGACAAAGACGUGGCUGCACGCGCGCGCGUACGAAGAAGACCCGACGCUCGCCGCGUGCCCGAGCUUUUUCCAGUCGGUCGUCUUUGCGUGCUUGGACGUCAACCCGGCCAAGCGACCGCCGGCAAGUGCCGUCGCCGGCGAGUUUAGUGGCAUGAAAGAGUAAUGUUAACGCGUUCGUCUACUGCGGCGCCAUCGUACGCCAUCAGAUGC